GCGAAGCUUUCUGUGCAAAACAGUUCUGUGCCAUCGCCAGCGAAGGAAAGGUGUUCUAGGCCCUCUACUCCUCAGCUCGCUUCUCCCGAAGCAUUGUGUGCGGCUGUUCGGACGCGGAGAAUCCCGGGAAGGAAUUAAUUCCAGCCGGGUAAUCAAAGUGCAGCCACUUGUGCAUAGACAUCGAAACGGAGCGCAACUACCCGCCAAUUCGAUCGCGCCGCUGCAAUGGAGGGGUGUUUCAGUCCGAUAAACGACCAAAUUAGUUUCGCGAACACUCCCUAUUAAAGAUCUCUGGGAACAAAAAGGGGAAAGAACAUAUCAGAACAUAUCGUGUGGCAGUUGUGUUCCAUGCGGAUCCGGUUCGGUUGAUCUUUGCUUUAUUCGCGCCAGUUGCCUCCUGUCUGUCGAUUGGUUUUCGAGCGGUUAGUCAGUGAUCAGGACAAGAGAAAUAUACAAAAGCAAACAAUUCACAGUGAUAUCAGAGAAAAAAAGCAGAUUUCUAAAUUUGGUGAAUUGUUGUUAAUCCGAAAAACAAGUGCAAGAGAGACGAUGUCGUCUGUUAUGGAGAUGAGCAAGAUGCCGACCGAGAGCAGCCGGUCCAAGAUGUUCCUGCGGAGCAACUCGUUCCAGAAGUUGUGCUCACUGGCGCAUCCCAUGCGGCUGAAAGGUUUCAAAUCAAACAAAGAAGCUUUACGGUCAGUCUUCGAAGCGCUCGUUGUCACGACACGUGGUGUCAUCCAGACAGUCACGUACCGCGUUCUGUGUGUCCUGUUUCUGACGCCAUUUACCCGACUGGUGAGCCGUCCACUGAGCCUCGUUUCCGGUGAGGAUGGCAAAAUCAACACUGUUAGGUUGUUCCUCAAGCUGACAUUGUCUGCGAUCAUAACCACCGAUAGGGCUGCUAAGGUGAUUUUCAAUGAUGGCAGCAGCAAGGAUCCGCUGGUGGACGAUGAGACCUUUGAGGAACCGAGCAAACCCGCGGACGCCGCUGUCCAAACAGAAACCACUGUGGACAAACCGGAUGUUCCGUUGGAGGAGUUCUUCGCCUGCAAUGAUAUCAGUUCGUCAUCGACACAGGAACGUGGUCGCAGAUUUCACGAUUCUUGGCCCCACUCCACAACAACAGCUCAGGAGGAUGCAGCCAAACAGAGUAGUGUUUCGUUCUAUCUGAUGGUCCACGGCUGUGUGCUGUUUUGUUUUGGCCAGCUAUCAGCGCUCGUUUAUUUGCUCACAAUGGCACCGCGGAUCCCUCCGGGGCUGAUAUUUCUUAUUUUGGCAUUCGGCUGUAUCGGAUAUGUUAUGACGAGGAUAUUCCUCUUCGAAGUAACCGCGAAGAAGAAGACCAAUCCAGCUAAACCAAGCUCCCGACCACUGGUGAAAAGGAAGUCCACUGGGAUCCAUCUCGUGCUGCAGGCAGCGAACAAACAGUUGGCCUCCCUGAUGCGGGGCAGUCAAUUUGACACAAUCAAUAACCAAGGUUCGCCAAGUAUGAAUCAAUCCGGGGCCAGGUGGAAUCGGAUGCUGCUCUGCGAUGACAAUAAAACUAUUAGUAAAAUGAAAAUUCUCUAAUAGAAUAAAAGAAAAAAAAAACAGGGAGAUGUCUCCAUAAGGCAGGGCUUCCGGGAGAUGCUUCCACUAUGCCAAACAGCCAGCCGAGGCUGAACCACACCUAUCAUAAUAACAUUGUGGCCCAGCAUGGAACCAAUAUCCGUGCCCCGAGUGCCACCGCAAACAAAUGGCCUUUUGGCCAUCAGUCGAAAAAUUGUCAUGUAGAAAAAUAACAUCAUAAAUCGAUUUCCCACACACUGUGUUUGCUGAUUUCAAAUAAUACUAAUAAUAACAACGAGAGAGAAAAAAAAAGAAAUCAUUGAAAAACAAAAUCUCACCCCCGCAUAUGGAUGGAAGCGUAGCAUGUAGGAAAUAAAAAAAACGAUUGAACUUAUAUAUUCAGGAUGAGUGUAGGCUUGUCACCCCUCGAGUGUAGUGAUAAAUUGUCACCAAACCAGAGCAGCUGGUGGAAUGGCAGCUCGGAUGAGAAGGCUUAUUAGAUUGGUAGCAAAUUAAUGUUAUUGUACACAUUCCAUUCGGAAAUUUAUAACGGAUAGUGAGGAGGAGGCUUUAGGUAUACGAUUAUGUGACUUAUAUUCCAAUGUCGAACGUUGUGAUUUAAUAAAACCCAGUUAUUUAUAGCAUGA